GAUUCACCAACAACAACACAACAACAACAAUCAUGCCUGAUCCAUGUACAUGCACUACAUGCAAAGAUGCUUGCAAAUGCACUGAGGGCACAUGCUGCUGCGCAGGUAGCUGUAAAUGCGCCGACUGCCCAACCAAGAAAGUCACUACUGGAGAUGGCUGUCCCUGUGACAAAUGCAAAGAAUGUGAUUGCAGAGAUACCUGCUUUGAUGCGGACGGGAAAUGCACGUGCACUAAAGGAUGCUGUCAAUAAAAAGGCGGUCGACCAUACUCUAUACAUAGCAAUCCAUACUCCAUGUACAUACAUAAUGGCUGUACUCUGUUGACUGAAUAAUUCGGACUAAUAAUCUUUGUUAUUCUUCGACGUGAACAGUGAAAAGAUC